AUGCGACCUGCAACACUUACACGCCUUGCUGCCCUGAAUGGCCUGCGAGCCACAUCCAGAAAUGGCAGUACUCGGCGCUGUCUGACUAUGCUGCAUCCUCCUAAAUUUGAAAAUGAGAAAAUGCCAGCCCAGCUGAACUAUGCCAAGGGCUCACCCGAAAGAGCCGAGUUGACAAAGACCAUCCAGAGGUUGAAGAGUGAAUUUCCACUCACGAUUCCCAUUCAGAUCAACGGCGUCGAGAUCACAACGAGGCAGUCCCGAGCGCAACUCAACCCUUCAAAGCAUAGCGAAAUUGUCGCAAAUUAUGCAUCGGCCACCCCAGAUCAAGUCAAUGCUUCCAUCGAUGCAGCUCUCAAGGCAAAAUCUCAAUGGGAAGCUACUCCCUAUGAAGAUCGUGCGGCUAUAUUUCUUCGUGCUUCCGAGCUCAUCACCGGCAAAUACCGCUCGGAGAUUGUUGCAGCAACCAUGCUAGGCCAGGGCAAGAACAUCUGGCAAGCAGAGAUUGACGCUCCUGCCGAAACGGCUGAUUUCUUCCGCUUCUACGUUCAGGAGGCAUGGGCUCUAUACUCCCAGCAGCCCAAAGUGCAGCUGGAUGGGAAUUGGAACAAAAUGGAGUAUCGUCCCUUAGAAGGAUUCACAUACGCCAUUGCGCCUUUCAAUUUUACUGCACUUGGCGCGACACUUGUUGGACCCGCAGCUUUGCUGGGCAAUGUGGUUAUUUGGAAACCUUCAGACUCGGCACUGCAUGCUAGUUGGUUGCUUCACAAGAUUUUGCUGGAAGCAGGAUUACCUAAGGAUGUCAUUCAAUUCCUGCCUGGUGAUGCGGUGGAAGUGACCAACACCGUUCUGAAGAGGCCCGAGUUUGGUGCUCUCACUUUCAUUGGAUCAACUGCCACGUUCAAGGGACUCCAGAAGAAGAUCGGUGAUGGUAUUGGUCAGGGUAUCUACAACUCCUAUCCUCGUGUGGUCGGCGAGACAGGAGGAAAGAACUGGGGUGUUGUGCACCCUUCUGCAGACGUCAAGAGUGCUGCUUUGAACACUAUCCGCGCGGCAUUUGAAUACCAAGGCCAAAAGUGCUCUGCAAACUCGCGAGUGUAUGUGGCCGAGUCUGUCUGGCCGGAAUUCCAGAAGACUCUCGUUAAAGAAACUGCCGCCCUGAAGGUUGGACCCGUUGAGGACUACGCCAAUUUUGUCAACCCGGUGAUUCACGAACGAUCCUUCGACAAGUUGAACAAGUUCAUCGAAGAUGCAAAGACAGACUCAGAACUGGAACUCUUCGUGGGUGGCAAGGCCUCCAAGGAGGAGGGAUUUUAUGUGCAUCCAACUGUCUACCGCACAUCUAACCCUCGUCACGAGAUUAUGUCUACCGAGCUGUUCGGUCCUAUUCUGGGCGUCUAUGUUUACCCUGACUCGGAGUGGGAGCAGACCCUCAGGUUGAUCGAUACCACCUCUCGCUACGGCCUUACCGGUAGUAUUUUUGCCAAGGAUCCCUAUGCCAGUCGUCAGGCACAGACCAUCCUUAAGCAUGCUGCCGGUAUGCUUUACCUGAACACAAAGUGCACCGGUUCCACGGUGGCGCAACAGCCGUUCGGUGGUAGCCGUGAUUCGGGUACAAAUGAUAAGACUGGCACCAUGGCUCAUCUCCAGCGGUUUGUCAGCACUCGCACGAUCAAGGAGGAGUUUGUGCCAUUAGAGAAGGUUCAGUAUCCUUCAAAUGAGGUCUAG